AUGGGUGAGGGGCGGGAUGAGAGAAUACGUCAUCGAGGUCGUCAAGCAAGACUUCAACUUGACCAGGUACUUCUUCAGCAUGUACCGCGGCUGGUUCCUCCCUCAAGAUGCCCAGACCCAGCUCCUCCUCCAGUUUAUCAUGCAAGGAGGAAACAUUUCCUGGACAGUGUUCUCCCCCAUCCUUUCCAAACCCUUUGGACAUCAAAGCUAAAGGACAGUGUCUCAGAGGCUGACCUCGGCAAGUGGAGACGGCUGGAGGUGACCAAGCGUGUGGCCCUCCUGGCACUGUUGGUGAUGUUCGUGGUGACCCUGGCACUCUGUGCCCCUGAGCCAGAGGGCGGCAAGGGCCAUGGUGGCGGGGGCGGCCACGGUGGCGGCUAUGGCCAUAGUGGUGGCGGCUAUGGCCAUGGUGGCGGUGGAGGUGGCGGCUACGGCAAGGGUGGUGGCGGCUAUGGCCAUGGCGGCGGGGGCGGCCAUGGUGGAGGUGGCGGCUAUGGCCACGGCGGUGGUGGUGGCGGAGGCUACGGCAAGGGUGGUGGCGGUUAUGGCCAUAGUGGUGGCGGCUAUGGCCAUGGUGGUGGUGGUGGCGGCGGUUACGGCAAGGGUGGUGGCGGCUAUGGCCAUGGCGGCGGGGGCGGUUAUGGCCACGGCGGUGGGGGUGGCGGCGGCUACGGCAAGGGUGGUGGCGGUUAUGGCCAUAGUGGUGGCGGCUAUGGCCAUGGUGGUGGUGGCUACGGUUACCACUGA